AUGGUUGUGUGCCUCACUUUUACUGCUCUUGUUUGUGGUCGAAAGGUACAAUAUUCGGACACUCCCACAUUAUCUCGAACCCGACAAGCAACAGAUAUGAUUAAUGAUGAUAAUAAUGUUGAUCAAUUAUAUGAGCGACAAUAUAACUCGAACAGUGAAGACGGUGACAAAAAUGACAAACGUCAAUAUUCAAAAUUAUUAAAAUUAUUACAAAAGAGGAUAAUGAAUGAACGACAUCUAGAUGAGUCUGAACCAUCUUCUCAUACGAUGAAUAAACGUCUAUUCUUCUUUUCACCUGCCAGAUCAGUGACACUUGAACGAAAUCCAAGACCAGAAUACAAAUAUGGACGAAAAGCGCAUUGGGAUACAUUUUUCGGCUGA